AUGAUGUCCACGAUUCCCUCUCCUACAGAUACAGACGCGCUGGCAAACAGGAUCAAUUUCCACACGAGAGAUCUCCACAAUGAGGUGGAUAAAGCAUUCUCUGUCAAGUUCAUGAUGGCAUUGAGACACUCGUUCAUAUAUACGGAUAUCUUGAAGACUUUCUACACGGUGUUUGGUACCGUUGAGCAACGGAUAGACGAGUUGAUAGCCAGUGAGGGGGGUGACGGUGUGGGUGCUAUUUUGGGGGAAUUCUAUGUCCCGGAGUUUAGACGUGCGGAUAAGAUUAAGAGAGAUCUCGUAUUUCUUGGGGAAUGGGACACGGUGGAGUCUGGCCAGUGGACUCCGCCGCCACAACUCGCGGGUUUCUUGCAGUAUCUCCGGUCGGAGAUGGAUAGGGACCCGAUCACCGUGCUGGCACCUUGCCACGUGCUGUACUUGGCCCUGUUCGCUGGCGGGAGGGUUUUCAAGUCAUCGCUGUUUAAGAAUCUAGGGUUCCUGCCCAAUUUCAGGGAUAAGAACGGCCCCGGUGAAGAGAUGUCCGAUCAUACAUUGGUCUCUAACGCUACUAAUUUCUUCCAAUUUGCAGAAACGAUAGAGGACGAAAACAAAUUGAGGUGGACGUACAAGAGGAAUUACGAGCUAGCAACGCGGGACACACUCACGGAGGAUCAGAAACUUGCGGUGAUUGCCGCGUCGAGGGACGUGUUCCGCCACACUUUCGCGGUCAUCGAGGAAAUCUGCCAACAGAACCACGAUGAACUCAUGUCCUUUAGGUCUUUCAAAAUCGUCACGUACUUCCUUGAGGAGUGGAAGUUCAACAAAAACUUUAAGAGGGGGGUCCUGUGGGGCGUCGCCUUCCUAGCACAGUUCCUCUUCGUAGUGUUGUACUGCUGCUUCCUCAGACGCUAA